AUGCGAUAUUAUUUUGGAAAAUUCGUGGUGUUUUCACAAAUUCUCUACAAUUAUGCGACUUCCUAAUUACUUCAAACCGUGAUCGGAUUCGCAUGUCUCGGUUACAUUCAGUCUAAUUCAUCGUUUUCGUACAAUUUGCGGUGUUCCAGUAACAAUAGCUACGAUGGACAACGGUGCGAUACAAACACUGGAGACUGCAGCCCAGAUGUUGAUGGCCCCACCAACCCUGGUGACAUCAGAACAGCGGCAUCAAGCAGAAAGUGUCUUCCUAGAGUUCCGGAGUACCAAGAACCCUUACCAACUCUGCAGGGAGAUUCUAGAAAAGUCUAGAACCGACUAUGUCCUAUUCGAAGCAGCUGGGCUGCUCAAAACCGCACUUAUCAGAGAAUGGACAUUGUUGUCAGAAAGCGAUAUUUCUUCUCUCAGAGAAUAUUUGCUGAAUUAUUUGCUGAGGCAAGACACUCCGCCAUUUUUGAGAGAAAAGUUGUUGCAGACAAUUGCAAUAAUCAUCAAAAGAGGCAGCAUAGACGAUGGUGGAAGAGAGAGAAAGGCUUUACUCACGGAACUAGAGAAAAUAAUUCUCAGCUCUCCUAUCAGUCAACAGAAGCUCGCCUGCUCUCUCAUUCUCGCUAUCAUGCAAGAAUACGCCAUCACGGUAAAAUCCGCUGACGUAGGCUUAAUAUGGGAAGUACAUUUUAGACUUAAGAAAUCCUUCGAAGCGUUGGACUUAAAAAGGAUAUUCAGAUUCACUGUCAGCGUACUUGAACAGAUAGUCCGCUCCGGACAUAGACCUGAAGGAGAACAAGCGUUACUAACUAAGCAACUCUUAACUAUAGUCGAAACAGUAUUAUGCUGGGGACAAGUAUCCCCGCUACUACCGAAGCGUUUAAUCGGAGCAUUUGAAGCUAUAUACGAAAGCGAUGCAGCUCCUGCUCUAAGAUUAAGUUUAAAUUGGAGAGAUACAAUAUUGCAACCGGAGUUGAUAGCUUUAUUCUUCGAGAUACAUAUGUAUGUGAGGAUGAACCCUGAGUUAGCUAACCCGUCUUUGACUUGUUUAGUGCAGUUGGCUAGUUUGAGCGGUGGAGUGGUGUCGGCUAGUAAUUUGAAGCAGCAGUAUUUGGAGAACUAUGUGAAUAGUUUUUUGAAUAUGAUGGCUAAUAUUCAGCCGAUGGAGCGAGAGAUGCUGGGUAUAUCGGAUAUGUAUAGGAGAUUGAUUCAAUUUUUCGCGCCGAGUAUGAUAGCUAACACGCCACCGACUUUGCUGCAGAAUUUGACGACGCUGACUUGCCAUUGUAUUAGAGGAGCGGUGGUGGAAGAAGGGGUAAACGACGACUCCGUAUGGCGAGAGUCCCUGAACAAAUUCCUGCACACAUGGAGUUCUAUAGUCCACGACACAGAUGGAUAUUCUGCAGAGACGCUCACGAACCCGUGUAUAGAGAUAUUCAACACUUAUCUACAGUGCCGCUUGGCACCGCCAGAUGGCACCAGAGGCGUAGAAAGCAGCGACGGAUGCGCCGACGACAUAAAAGACGAUGUUGAAGAAGACGAACGAAAACAACACAGUGACGUUUUAUUGACUAUUGGAGCCAUCGCCAGAAAAGCCCCCGCACAUUGCUGCCAUGUACUCUUUGCCAUACUACACGAACGGAGCAAGAGAUUGGAGGAGCACCUGCAGCUCAUGCACAUGGGCAAGCUGCCGGUGAGCGGCGGCGAACAGCUCAUCAGCUUGUUCGAGGACCUACACUGGACGCUUAUGAUUGCAGGUCAUUUCCUAGCGAUCGACUGCACAGAAGGCGAGACAGUGAUGAUGCCCCCCGAGAUAGUGCAGUUCAGCCUGCGAGAGAGCGCCAAUGUGGACUCCUCGCUCCGGUAUCUGAUCGGCGAGAGCGCUAGUGCCGACAACGUCGACCCGGUGCUUAAAUUGAUAGGCGAAAUACUCCGCAUCAGCGCGUACGAAUGCGCCGCCCUAGAAGCGGGUCUAGCCAGCGUUUUCUCCCCAGAGCUCUCCGCUACAAUAUCAUGGCUGCUCAAGAUAUGGGCCAACUCGUAUCUUAUGCCAGAGCCUUCUUUAUACUCUGAGAUAUCACCGAUCUUAGAGAUGGCGUUCGGUCGUUCGUCGCGCGGCGCCGUGUGGACGGUGCGGCGCCUGUGCGCGCGCGCCGCCGCCGUGCUGCGCCACCUGCCCGCGCAGCCCGCCGCCGCCGCCGCCGCCGCCACGCUGCUCACUACUCUGGCGAUGCAUCACCACAAACAAAAUCCACUAGCGAGUUGCGAAGAGUUCUUAGCCCUUGUAGCUUGGGAGGCGGCUGGCAGUAACCUACCGGGAGAACUGAGGAAGGAACUACACAGGGCUUUCGCCAUCGCUGCGACGUAUGCUGAAGGUGAAGUCCGAAGUCGCCUUCUGGCUAGCACAGUGGCCUUACAAGAGAAGUUGAGGAACAUAAUAAACAUGGAGUCCGACACGGAACCCGUACGGAACAUGCUAGCUGACACGUUAGACUGUUUCAUUGGAGUCACAGAUGGCGUAUUUGAGGUCGGGACAAUGGACGAGCAGUUCAUGAUGCUGAUCGACGCGCUAGACUGCAUACCCGGUAUAGUGUUCCGGUACCACAACUACCCGGGGGUAGUGCUGCCGGCUCUUAGACUACUCGCCAAGAGCGCCAAGCGGAUGUUACAUUCUGUGCAGCCACAGAAUGUUAGCAAGUUCCUGGAAGUGUGCAACACAACGUUCGACGUGUACAUGCGGUGGAACUCCGGCAAGAUCUCCAGCAUUCCCCAGGACGCGGAGGAGGAGGCGUAUGAAGACAUCUGCGCACUAAUGGAAGUGGUCUGCUCCAUCGCCCGCUGCGGCGCCGAACGCGCCGUCGGCGACACGUGUGCGAGAGGCCUAAGGCUGCUGCUCCCUCUUAUCACACCGUCUCUCCUGUCGCUACCCACACUAGCGCAUCAGGCAUACCGCACACUACGCGAGCUACACACGGCAGAGCAGCUAACAAUCCUACCAAUAGAAGAUUUCAACAUGGUGGUCGCCGCGCUCCGCGUCGGCCUGACCGCCGUCUCUUGCGACGUGUCCACACUCUGCUGCGACACAAUAGUAGGUCUCUCAAACAAAACACGCACUCUAGGAGACGACAACCCUUACUCGCUAUCCCUUCUAUCCCUGGCCGAGUUACUACUAAUGCUCAUCAUUAAGAUGGAAAUACCUCCAGAUUCCAUCCCCGCCGCUGGCGCAGCCAUCUACGCCUUAACGUGCGUCAAACCAGCUCUCUUAGAAGGCUUAGCCCGACAACUUAUUGAGGCAUACGCUGUCAACGAUCCAGCGAAUGUGCCCAGAUUGGAAGAGGCCUUUGGGGUACUCACAAAUGGCGUUCUCUUUGAUGGCUCGAGACCACAUAAGUUGCGUUUCCAGGAUAACUUCGAUAAGUUCCUUGCGAGUGUACACGGGUUUUUGAUUGUGAAAUAAUUGUCUUAAAUAUAUUUGGAAGAGAAAUGUUGAUAGUGCAGCUCUAGAUGAGUUUGAUGAUAUUUUUACGUGAUGUAACAUUUGAAAUAUUAUCUUUUAGUUUAGUUAAUCGAUUUUUUUUAUUUGACAUGUUUGGACAAAGAAUUAUAAUCUCAGGAAUGGAAUUGUUUAUAUCAAAUGUUAUAUUUAGUAUAUCAAAUAUCGCAUCAUCUAACAGAGCUAGCUACCUAAACUUCUAAAUGUCUCAGGACUCUCAGGUAGGUAAUUUUUUUCAAAGUUGUCCCCCACUUUUUUUAAUUUGGAAAUUUUUAUAUGGUUUUCACUC